UCGUCAUCAGUGGCAGCGAUUUCGUCAUCGGCGGCCACCUUCGGUUCGUCAAUCAUCAUUCUUAAUGAAAAAGCAACGGCGAAAACACCACCAGUGGCAGCCGGCUUCAAGCAGGAAGAAAGAAAACCUCAGGUUAAAGCUCACAGGGGCUUCACCUUCAACAUCGAUCUUUCACCGUCGUCCACAAACCGAAGCCACCUUCGGAAUCAAGGACCUUCGUCGACCUUCAAGGCUUCAACCACAUCCGUGGUUAUC